ACAAUGGCUGCUGGAAAGAGGGGAAAGCAAACAAUUUUCAGGCCCGCAGCGUCCAGCAAAAAAUAUGAGAAAAAAAUUAUUAAAAAUUCGGAAAAUAGUGGAAAGUCAAGAAAAAUACCGUAGAAAGGAUGUUAAGACUCCUGUGAUGCCCAGUCAUGGGAAAUAUUAAUUUCUUACCAUCGAUGAGUAUAAUUAGCUGAACACAACAGACCCGUACCUUGUCCUCCUAUCAGGCCCCAAAGAGCCCGCGGUGUUGAUCACAUGAUACAGGAGAGCGCCCCGGUUGCGCGAGCCAUCACGUCCGCCCUGAGCACCGCCGCGCCACCCGAAGGCCUGCCCUAGGCCGCGAUGGCCACGGUAAUACCUGGGGAUUUAGACGAAGUCAAGGAUACCCAGAAGGUCCCAUCGGCCACCGGGAGGCGAAAGAGAGGCGAGGGCAAACCCCGGAAGAAUUUCCCUUGCCACCUGUGCGAAAAGGCAUUCAACAGCGUGGAAAAGCUGAAGGUGCACUCAUAUUCGCACACAGGGGAGCGUCCGUACCGCUGCUCGCACCCAGACUGCAGCAAGGCCUUCGUCUCCAAGUACAAGCUGCUGAGGCACAUGGCCACCCAUUCCCCCGAGAAGACCCACAAGUGUAAUUACUGCGAGAAGAUGUUCCACCGUAAAGACCACCUGAAGAACCACCUACACACGCACGACCCCAACAAGGAGGCGUUCUCGUGCGAGGAGUGCGGCAAGAGCUACAACACCAAGCUGGGCUUCCGGCGCCACCAGGCUCUGCACUCGGCCAACGCCGGCGACCUCACGUGCCGCGUUUGUCUGCAGACCUUUCCCAGCACGGCCGAGCUGCUGGAGCACCUGAAGAGCCACGCGGGCAAGUCGUCGGGCGGCGCCAAGGAGAAGAAGCACCAGUGCGAGCACUGCGACCGGCGCUUCUACACGCGCAAGGACGUCCGCCGCCACAUGGUGGUGCACACCGGCCGCAAGGACUUCCUGUGCCAAUACUGCGCGCAGCGCUUCGGCAGGAAGGACCACCUGACGCGCCAUGUCAAGAAGAGCCACACGAAGGAGCUGCUCAAGGUCAAGACGGAGCCGCUGGACUUGCUGGACCCGUUUGCCUGCGGCGUCCCGCUGCCAGUCAAGGCCGAGCUGCAAUCCAUGAUGGCCAUGGCGUCUGGCGAGCUCGGCGUUUACGCUUCGCCGGCACAGGUGGACCAGGCGGCCGGGCCCUUGGCGAUGGCGUGCCCGCUGGCGGUGGAGCACGCCGGUCUCUCCGCUCACCAGCACCCCCUGAAAUAUCAGCCGGGUUCUACCUCAUACUCCAUGCCUGGGUCUGAGAAGGAGCAGCCGCUCAAGGGGGAGAUUGAGAGCUACCUGAUGGAGCUGCAGAACAGCAUGCCUUCAUCUUCGGGGGAUGUGGCCGUCCCCGGAGCCAAGCUGGACCUGACGUCGCCGGUAGGGGCCCUGGACGAAGCCUCGGUGGAUGCCUCGCUGUCCAAGCUCCCUGGAAUGGCCGCUUCUGACCCGCUACCCUCCUCAUCUUCCUCCCUGGACUUCUCUCAGCUCUUCAACUUCCUCCCUCUGAACGGGCCCCUGUACGGACAGCCCGUCCCCGGCUCGAGCCUGGGCAUCGGCUACGUCCAGGAGGAGGCGCUGUCACUCCCGCAGCCCCAGGACCCCUCGGAGCCCGGGGGCAGCAUGGGAUUGGGCGCCCUCCACGGGCUGUCCUCGCCGUUCACGUCCAACACGGGAGCUACCACCCUGCCCCGUUUCCACCAGGCGUUUCAGUAAAAUGAGCUGCCAACUACGAUGUUUUAAAAAAAAUUUUGAUAUCGUUGUGUUUUGUUUGUUUUUCCGAAGCCAGUAACUCAUUAUGAGACGUAUCUGUCAUGCGUGUAC